CCUAGGGGUUUGUAGCUUCUAGCGGAUCUUCAUCCCCGGGUUUGCCAAGAUAGUCGAGCCCCUUAGAGAAAUGGUGCGACAAGGAGCCAGCUUAGAGUGGUCUGACCAAAGAGAGAAGGCUGCGCGGACACUUCAAGAUAAGUUAAGAGAUGGCGGGGUCGUGCUAGGAGUACCCUACUUCGACGAUGAAAGGGAGAGGUUAUUCAUCAUUGAAACCGACGGCGGCCCGAUAGCAUUAGGAGGAGUGUUCGUGCAACGAGAUGAGAAUGGUAAAGAAAGGCCACUUAGAUUUGAGAGUCGCACCCUUAAUUCGGUUGAGAGAGGCUAUAUUCAGUUCAGGAAAGAGCUCCUGGCAAUCCUGCACUGUCUCAGAAUGUUUAGACACUAUGUUAUGGGGAGGAGAUUCAUUCUAAGAACGAAUUCCACAGCGGUAAUCGGAGUUGUUAACAGGCAUCAGCAAGUAGAUGCUACACUCAGUAGGUGGAUAGCUCACAUAUGGACGUAUGAUUUUGUAUUAGAGAAGGUACCUACUGCAAAGAAUCGAGCCGAUGGGCUGAGCCGCGUAGAAUGGGAAUCAAUAGAUGAUGAAUCUCUUAAGGAGGCACCCUUUGUUGACGAAUUCCUUAUGGAAGACGAUGAUGAAGGACUACCUCCAGCUCCUAGUUGUUAUACAGCUUCAUCCAUAGCAACGAGCAGGGAAGACUGCUCGGGAGAAAAGGAAGACCCUUACCUCCAUGACCUUCUAACUCGAGAGGAUGAGGAGGAAGGAUGGUAUGGGUUGGUAGAACAAGCUGUUGUUGCAGCUCAUGAGCUGGCAGAGAGUUCAAGAAUGGCUGAGCGAAGGCUGAAUGAGAUAGAGGAAGAGCCGGAAGACCCUGAACAAGAUAAGGACGUUGAAGAGAGAUUUAGGAAGGAUGAGUAUGAUGAGGAAUAUAAGAGGAUCGGAAAGGUAAUGAGCAGUAAUCAGUUGGACGAAUUCUACCAUGAGAAGACAAAGAGAACCUUUAGGUUGCGUAGGGGUCACCUCUUUGUGGAUGCUAAGGAAGGACUACCGCCACUGAGAGUAGUGUGUGGUAAGGAAAGGCAACUAGAGGUGAUCGUCGCACUGCAUGAGGGUCUAACAGGGGGUCAUAGGGGUGCGGAUGCUACAUACUAUAAAGUAUCCCGACUAUAUCACUGGGAUGGCCUGAGGGAUAUGGUUAUUAAAUAUUGUAAGUCAUGUGAAGCCUGUCAGAAAAGGUCAUCUAUGAGAUUGAUUGAACCCUUAUACCCCACUGUUCUUGUUGAACCUGGCAGUACUGUUCACCUUGAUCUAAUUACUAUGCCACCUGGUAAGGAUGGAAUGAAAUAUGUGUUUAAUAUGAGAGAUAAUAUGUUUGGUUAUGUUGAAGCAAAAGCCAUCCGUAAGAAAACCGCAAAGGCAGUGGCAGAUUGGAUCGAGGAAAUCUAUCUGAGGUACCCCUUCAUACGUGAGUUUGUGGCUGAUCAGGGAUCAGAGUUCAAGAACGAGAUGGUCAGGAGGCUCAUGUUCAGACUUGCAGUCAGGAUCAGAUUUGUGACACCAUAUCAUCCUCAAGCUAAUGCACCAGUGGAAAGAGGCCACAUGACACUAAAGGAUGCUAUAUCAAAAUGGUGCCAAGGCGACUCCAGAAACUGGCCAUCUUUCUUGAGGGCGGUUGUCUAUGCUGACAAUGUGACUGUCAGACGGACUACAGGUUAUGCGCCUAUUACACUCUGGUAUGGCAGGUAUGCUACAUCUCCCAUUGAGAACCUGGUUGAGACCUGGACCCAUGAGGCGCAGAGAGAGUCAUACUCCACAGAGGAGUUGUUGAGGCUGAGGAUCAGGCAGAUUAAGGAAGUGGAUGAGGCCAUAAUUGAGGCCACAAAGAGGAUGUCAGACAGCAGAUUAUCUGAUCAGACACGAUGGAACAGCAAGAGGUACAUCAAGAAGGAACGACUUCAGGUCGGAGAUAUUGUACUUCUACAUGAUACAUCUCUCGAGACACAGUGGACCAAGAUAUUGGAGGCCAGGUGGAUGGGACCAUUCAGGAUCAUCAGAGAGGUUGAAGGCAAGGCCUAUGAGUUAGCAGAGAUGGAUGAUGAUGAUGAUUAUGUGUUGGGACGUGGCCCAUGUGCCGCCAGCAGCAGCCAACAGUCGGCUGCUAUGAUUAUGGUAUGAUUUCGGAUGCCGGAGCUGGAUACGAGCAGCCUAUGAUGGCUCGGCUCAUUGGUGAACUUAUGUGUUUGUCGGGCCCAGAUUCGCCCCAGUUUUGUAUGAUUGUGAGUUAAACUUUUAAAAUUUCAGUUCAUUGCAUUGUAUCUGGCUUGUCAUGUGUAAAUCCUGGGACAUGCCUGGGGGAUUGGGAGCCAGUUUAUGGGAUUUCAGUUCUUGCCUCUUAUUGUAUUUAUUUAGUCUAUAUGGCAUUUAUGAAAUGAAUGGCUAUGGGAUAA